UAGUCAAGUGUUUUAAUCAAGGCAACAGCAUGAAGAUCAUACAGCUGCAACUAUAUCUAUUUAUAUGCUGUCAAGAUGAAACAGAUCAACUGACAGAUUUGGGACAGAAUGUGACUAUAAACUGUGAUCUUGAUGAAGGAGUGAUUUAUUGGUUAUUACUGAAACUUCCAGAUCCUCCAGUGGUGAUAUUACGCACUUUGUCAAAUACAUUUUUAUGCUUAAAUAAAACAUGCAGACACAAAUAUUCAGUGCAAUCUCACCUUCAUCUGUUUAUAAAUAAUGUCACCAUUGAUGAUUUGGGAGUUUAUUACUGUAUGAAGAAAGAUUCAGUACCUCCAGAAUUCAGCAAUGGCACCAGACUCAAAUUCAUUGAAUCAACAACAGAGAUCAUAUUAGUGUCGUGUACUCAACAGAAUCUGACAGAAGUGAAAGACAUUCAUCAGAAUCUAACCCUCAUAUUUGCUCUGUUAACUGGUGUUCUGCUCAUUGUGCUCACAGUUUUUGUUGGUGGAAAGAAAAGAUCUGGAGAACAAUCACAUCUUCAUAAUACCAAUCGACAACAGACACAAGUCAUAGAUUACAGGCAAUUACAGUUUACUGAGGUGAACUUUUCUCAGAUACAUAAAAAAUAUUGAUCCAGUCGAGUCAGCAGCACAUAUACUGUUCUACAUCUGCCCAAAUAAUGUACACACGAGUAUGACCGACCUGAUGACCUCUCU